UUUUUUGACCAAUGGAAGAGAGUCAGAAACUAGGGAAGUAGGCGAUACCAGAUCCUGAGCAUCUUUGGUUCUUCCAUUCGCUAGAAAUUUUCAAUUUCUGGUUCAUUCGAGGUAAAAAAUAAUGGCCUACCGGUAUAAAGGUAGACAGGAAACAAGCACCCGAGGCAACCAGCCAAAUGAGAAAGAUCAGGACUUUAUUGUACAGGCAUAUCAGGAUUCACUAGUUGAUGAUCUAGCCGAGGAAUUUCGACUGCCAAUUAAUCACAGGCCAACGGAAAAUGUCAAUCUGGAAAAUGUGGAACAAGCAUCAUUGGACACACACAUAGCAUCAUCUAACAUUGGUUUUAGGCUUCUCCAAAAGAUGGGGUGGAAAGGGAAGGGGCUUGGGAAGGAUGAGCAAGGAAUCACUGAGCCAAUAAAAUCUGGGAUUAGAGAUCCAAAAUUAGGAGUUGGAAAACAAGAGGAAGAUGAUUAUUUUACAGCAGAAGAAAAUAUCCAGAGAAGAAAACUUGAUGUUGAAAUUGAAGAGACUGAGGAGCAUGCAAAGAAGCGGGAGGUGUUAGCAGAACGUGAGCAGAAAAUUCAAACUGAGGUGAAAGAAAUACACAAGGUGUUCUACUGUGAUCUUUGCAACAAACAAUACAAGUUGGCUGUGGAAUUUGAAGCUCACUUGAGCUCAUAUGAUCACAAUCACAGAAAGCGUUUUAAAGAAAUGAAAGAAAUGCAUGGUUCCAGUAGUCGGGAUGAUCGCCAGAAACGAGAGCAGCAGCGUCAGGAAAAGGAAAUGGCAAAGUUUGUUCAGAUUGCGGACGCCAGGAAGCAGCAGCAGCAGCAGCAGCAGCAGCAGCAAGAAGAAGAAUCUGGAUCUGCCCCGGCUUCCACUGAACUGACAAGUGCUACUACACUUGCAGACCAGGAUCAACGGAAGGCAUUGAAAUUUGGGUUUUCUUCUAAAGGUGGCACGUCUAAGAGCUCGUUCAGUAGUGUUGCAAAGAAGCCAAAAGUUCCUGUGGCCUCAGUGUUUGGCAAUGAUAGCGAUGAAGAGUAGGUGACAGUGCCGCUGUAACCGGCCAUCAGCUUUGUACCGUAUAAAGUUUGCAUUGCCUUUGCAAUUAUGUAGUUUAUGUGACCUACACCCGCAGUUAAAGACAUUUGUGAUUCACGAGAUGAAACAUCGUGUUUUUAUAGCCCAAUCCAAGUCAAAAACAUUGAUGCUUAUGAAUGGUUGGUUUGUAAAGAUUAUUUGUUAUGAUAAGUUUACUAUUGUUUAUGAAAGUAUCAGAGCUCCGAUUGA